AAACCGACGAAACUCUACAAAUUUUUCGAACUUCUUCCUUCAACUUUUCUCUACGAUCAACAAAUCUACAUUCUCCGGCGUUGUUCGAUUCAGUGAUCGCCGUUGUUUACCAAUGGCCGGAAAACUCAUGCACGCUCUUCAGUACGAGUCUUACGGCGGUGGCGCCGCCGCUUUGAAGCAUGUCCAAGUUCCAGUUCCAUCGCCAAUGAGCAACGAAGUUUUACUAAAACUAGAAGCUACUAGUUUAAACCCUGUUGAUUGGAAAAUUCAAAAAGGAAUGAUCCGGCCGUUUCUGCCCCGCAAGUUCCCCUGUAUUCCUGCUACUGAUGUUGCUGGAGAGGUCAUGGAAGUUGGAUCAGGAGUUAAGAAUUUCAAGGCUGGUGACAAAGUUGUAUCGGUUCUCAGCCAUCUAACCGGAGGUGGACUUGCUGAGUUUGCAGUUGCGAGCGAGAAGCUGACUGUAAGAAGACCCGAAGAAGUAGGACCAGCUGAAGCAGCCUCUUUACCUGUGGCGGGUCUAACAGCACUCCAGGCUCUAACUAAUCCCGCUGGGUUGAAACUGGAUGGUACAGGCCACCAGGCCAACAUCCUGGUCACAGCAGCAUCAGGUGGAGUCGGCCACUAUGCUGUCCAGCUGGCAAAGCUUGGUAAUGCUCAUGUAACCGCCACAUGUGGGGCUCGGAACAUAGACUUUGUAAAAUCUUUAGGAGCGGACGAGGUUCUAGACUACAAGACUCCAGAGGGAGCCGCCCUCAAGAGUCCGUCGGGUAAGAAAUACGACGCUGUGAUCCAUUGCGCAAAUGGAAUACCGUUUUCGACAUUCGAACCAAAUUUAGCCGCAAACGGGAAGGUCAUAGAUAUAACGCCAGGGCCUAGUGCGAUGUGGACUUAUGCUGUUAAGAAAAUAACCAUGUCGAAGAAGCAGUUAGUUCCGCUUUUGUUGAUCCCGAAAGCUGAGAAUUUGGAGUUUAUGGUGAAUCUAGUGAAAGAAGGGAAAGUGAAGACUGUGAUUGACUCGAAGCAUCCUUUGAGCAAAGCAGAGGAAGCUUGGGCCAAAAGUAUCGAUGGUCAUGCUACUGGGAAGAUUAUUGUCCAGCCGUGAUAGCAUUUUGGUUUUGCACGUUGUUCGACUGCUUUUCUAUGAUUCUAUAAUUAUAGUUUGUUUCUCGUUUUUACAUUACUUUCUUUUGUUUUGUUUAAUGUAUACGCAUACUAUCUUACAUUGUCACGAGUUAUCAAUAGACAAGAAAAGCGAAUGUGAAGUAAGUUUUUUUUUGUUA